AAAGAGCCAACAUGGGAUGAAGAACUGAUAAAAGACACACACAAGGUUAUGAUGUUUAUUUAGAUUGACAUAAAAAUAUCAUCAUUCAUAUUGUUUUGACUGUGGGAUAAUGGCAAGGUCCUUGUCACCAAUUUGUUUUUUUGUGAGUUAAAACUUUUUAAAAGGGAUGUAAAUUGUCAGAGAAUAAAAGUUGUAAGAGGAAAGUGGGAAUAUUUAUGAUUUGGGUGAAGAAGGAAAGGUAGCAUAUUUAGUGGGUGUAGUUAUGGAAAAUAAAAUCACGCGUUAAAUAAUGGAGAGAACAAAAUAUAUUGUUGGCAAAGCUGUAAUUUUAGGUGUCCUGGCAUCCUAUAUUUGAAAAAGGAAGAGGAGAAACAUAAACAGAACACAAAGAGACAGAGCAGAUCUGUGGAAAGAAAGCGAAAGAUGGCUGGUGAAGAAGGACAAGUGAUCGCAUGUCACACCGUGGAGGCAUGGAACGAACAACUCCAAAAGGGCAAUGACUCUAAAACUCUUGUGGUGGUUGAUUUCACGGCGUCUUGGUGUGGGCCAUGUCGUUUCAUAGCUCCAUUCUUUGCUGAUUUGGCUAAGAAACUCCCUAAUGUGAUUUUCCUUAAGGUUGAUAUUGAUGAACUAAAGUCAGUGGCGAGUGACUGGGCGAUUGAGUCGAUGCCAACAUUCAUGUUCAUGAAAGAAGGGAAGAUUGUGGACAAAGUUGUUGGAGCCAAGAAAGAUGAGCUUCAGUCUACUAUUGCCAAGCACUUGGCUUAACUAAACCUUUUAUAUGUCUUGUCUUAAGAUAUUGAAUUCAUUGCUUUUUAUGUACUCUUGAGAUGUUAUGACUUGUUCCCUCUUUGUUAUGAUGAUUCCUGUUUAAUCUCGUCUGAUAAGAUUGAGACUUGCUAGUGAGUUUGUUGAAUUAUGAUUUUGUUUUGUUUAUCCA